AUGAUGUCUGAAAGUGAAGAGCACGGCUCGCUCCUAGAGAAGAUCAUCGAGAAGAUCCAUGAGUACAAGCACUCAUCGUCGUCCUCCUCUUCAGACUCAGAUGAUGACAAGAAGCCCAAGAAGUCUAAGAAGAAGAAGCUCUUCGGGAGGAAACAUCCACUGCAUCACGUUCUCGGAGGAGGCAAAGCUGCCGAUCUUGUGCUGUGGAGGAACAAACAGGCAUCCGGGAGCAUCUUGGCAGGGGUCACUGUGAUCUGGCUACUAUUUGAGGGCAUCGGCUACCACCUCCUUACCUUCCUCUGCCACGCACUAAUUGUGUUUCUCACCGUCUGGUUCGUCUGGUCCAAUGCUGCAUCCUUUGUCAACAGGUCUCCUCCAAAGUUCCCAGAGGUCAUUUUAUCUGAAGUUCAAUGCCUGAAGGUAGCUCAUUUUGCAAGGAAAGAAAUCAAUGAGGCUUUCUAUACAUUGCGCAAUGUUGCUUCUGGAAAAGAUUUGAAAACAUAUCUGAUGACAAUUGCGGUGCUGUGGUUCAUUUCCAUAGUUGGAAGCUGCUUCAGCUUCUUGACUCUGUCUUACACUAUUUUCCUGAUGGCAUACACACUUCCCAUGUUGUAUGAGAAGUACCAAGAUCAAGUUGAUGUUGUGGGUGAGAAGGCCCUUAUUGAGAUAAAAAAGCAGUACAAAGUGAUUGAUGCCAAGCUUAUCUCUAAGAUCCCAAUGUUGUCUGAGAAGAAACAACACUGA